AUUCAAGUAUUUGGUACAUGUUGAAUGUUUCUGGGAGAUAGUGCGACCGAUAACUCGGAUGUUUACAAAUUUUAUUAAACGUGAAAUGAAAGUUCGAAGUCGUGUAUAAAUUAAAAUUAUAAGAAAUCAUGAUGGCGGAAAAGGGACAAACUAGUUCAAUGACCUCUGUGACAGAAGAAGAUACAUCUGCUGAUUCAGAGUCUGACACAACAGAAUCUGUUUCAAACGUAACAUCAUCUCUUCUGAGUAGUACAGACACAGAUGACAAACUAACACCUGGAUUAAUUAACAUUUCUAUUUCAAACACAGAGAAGGUAGCACCAAGUCCUAAGAAAAAAAGACAUUUAGACAGAAUGGAUAAAAUAGGUAAAAUUAAAAAGACAUCUGUCAAUACAGGACAAGAUAUGUCUUCUCAUGAUGCAGUGGUUGAUGGCUAUGAAGCCAUAACACCGGUAGCAACAACGGAUCCAAAUUUUGUCUUUUCUAGUUCAAUUCCAUCUCGGACCAAUGAAGCACCUCUUUUUCCAUAUGGAUCAAACCCAUUACCACUGGGUUCUGUUGAUCCAGAAUCUAAAAAAAGGAGAAAGCAAUUCCCCACACUAGAAUACUUUAUUCCUCAUGCUUGGAACAAUCUUUCUUCACUCUGUAAGGACAAUUUAGGUUUUGAUGAUGUAGACAACAAACUUAGUACCGACUACUCAGACACUAGUAGCAUACAAGAAAACAAAAACAAUUCCUCAAAACCAAAUGCAGAUGAAAUCAUAGAAAAUAAAAGUGAUAUUGAAUCCGAUGAAACAGAUGACACUGAUGUCCAGCGCCCUUACCACCCUGACAUGACUGGCUCAGCGUGGUUUAAGGCGAGGUGCUUUGAUCACUAUUGGACUCAUUAUAACUUUGUCAUGGACUGGUACAGACAGCAUGUCCAUGCUGUCAAAACCUUACAAGGGUUAGGGGGUUCACAGUGGGCUUUUUCACAGCAUUAUGGUCACCCAAGUUUACACAGGAAGUCACAGCCCCAUGGCUCUAAGAAAAACAGACGAAUAAAACGUGCCAGAAAGAGACGAAUGGCAAGAGCAAAGUCUCGUCAAGAUUCACUAGAAUCUGGCAGCCUUUCCAUAUCAGCUGCAGAAUCAGAUGAGGUAACUAAGACAGAUUCUGGGGGCUCGUCAUCAACAAGCAGGGCAGUCAAGAGUGACGAGGCAGAAGAGGAAGAACUGGAGAUGGAAAUCACAGAUGAGAUGGUUCAGUUCUUUGCUACGUCCUUGAAACACAAAAUUGAAAGAGAUAAUGCCAAACUAGAUGAAUCUGGAAAGGAAAUAGAAGAAAGAAUUAACAUUGAAGAAACCAAAAAGGGCAUGAGCAGUCGUAGUGUGAAGGCGCCAAUAGAACGUCCUGGUGCCAGAAGAUCACAUGAGAUGAAGGAGAUCUACGGAGCAGGGGCCCCCAUGAUUCAUGGUAUGGAGACGGCCCUUCAGAUGAUGUUUGACAGAAUCUCAGACAAAUUCCAGCCAAAGCUCUGGCCAAACAUGCCAUUAAAAAUUGUGUUUGACUGAAAGUUAGAAAAUUUUUCAGCCAUAUUUCUACCCAGACAUUGAGCUUGCUACUAUAGACGUAUUUAGAUCACUGUAGCUCUUUUACAGUGAAGGUUGUUUGACUUUACUAAAUAUGGUACUAAAUAUGGAACAACCAGUCUCCACAUUAUAGAUAAUUACUUUUGAUUACCUGAUUGCAGGGGGGGCUGGUUUAUUAUAUGUUGAGGUCUACUAAAACCCCUAACCAAUUGGUUGUCAUUUCUUGGUCAAUUACAGGCCUAAUAAAGGGAUCAGAUAAAAUAAUUAAGUUAAUCCCUACCAAAACUGUAUUGAAAUAUUUUCAUUUGUUGCUUUCAGCACUGGAUUUAAUAAUUUUGUUGACUUUCAAUUGUUAGAUGCAUUUUUUUGUAAUAAAAAAAAAAUUUGAUUUUAAUGAUCAGAGGUAUUUUUAUUUUGUUUCUUCUAUUGAUUGAGAUGGCAUUGGUGUUGUAAGUAUAAGGAACCUGAUACAACAGGCUGGUUCCUAUAUGGAAUGGAAUUGAAUGAAAUUUGUAGAGAGCAUAUUUGUUAAAAUACAUUCUUCUACUUCUAGUCCCUAGCUGUACACAGAUAUGCCAGUAAGAGUUGAUGAAGCUUUGCUAAUAAAGGGAUAGUCAAUACCCAAUUACAGG